AUAACUUAUUUCAUGUGUGUUUCCCCUACCACCUAACUCUUUCUCUGGUCAUUUGUUCUUCUUUUUUGUUCCUAAUUCCUUAAACAAAUGCCAAUUUUUUUACUUGAAUAUCAAGAAAGAGAAAAAAGUAGGGGAAAAUCACAUACCUAAAAAAACCAAAAAAACACACCGAAUUUAAAUUUUACAAACAAUGAGGCUAUGGAGAAAAGCUUUUGGUUUAGUAAAAGAUCAUAAAAGCCUCUGGUUUGCUAGCCUCUCAAGACGAACAUCAUUUCGAAAUCCAGAAAUGGAAGCUGCUGUGAUUAAAGCUACGAGUCAUGAUGAAUUAACAAUCGACAUGAAAAAUGUUGAUCGCGUUUAUAAGUGGCUACGAUUAUCUCCUAGCCACUUAAAAUCUCUCAUUUGGUCCAUUUCUUUACGUAUGGAAAAAACAAAGAGUUGGGUUGUUGCAAUUAAAGGAUUAAUGCUCAUGCAUGGUGUCUAUAGUUCUAAAAUCCCAGCUAUCCAAAGGAUUGGGAGGCUACCAUUCGAUUUAUCAAAUUUCAAAGAUGGAUAUUCAGAUCCUUAUAAGAUAUGGGGAAUAAAUGAAUUUAUUCGCGCUUAUUUCACCUAUCUUGAUCAAAAAUCCUCCCUUCUUUUCAUGAAUUUGCAAGAAAGGAGGAACUUACAAAAUUUGGAACACGUCAAUGAUGAUAAUAAUAAUGUUGUUGUUAUCGUUGAAGGACAUUAUUCCAUGAUUCAAGAUCUUGUUCUACUACAAAAAUUGCAAUAUUUACUUGAUAUGUUGCUUGAAAUUAGGCCAUUAUGUGGUAAUGCUGUUGUACCUCUUGUUCUUGAAGCUAUGGAUUGUGUCAUGAUUGAAGUUUUCGACGUAUACAGCAGAAUUUGCAAUGGAAUUGCUAGAAUUCUGUUGCGGAUUUAUUCUGCUGGAAAAGUUGAAGCUAGCAUGGCACUUAGGAUUGUACAAAAAGCUACAAUACAAGGUGAAGAAUUAUCAGUAUAUUUCGAGUUAUGUCAAAGUAUAGGGGUGAAAAAUGCAGCAGAGUUUCCAACAAUUGAGCAAAUUCCUUAUGAAGAUAUUAAGGAACUCGAAGAAAUAAUCAAUGGAGUUUCUGAAAAAGAAUCGCGAAUUAUUCCAUAUCAACAUGAAGGUAAAGGUAUAGUUGUUGUACGUGAAAAAAAUGGUGAUCAGAAUAUCAAGAAUCUUGAAAAUGAGAGCAAGUUGAGGACAGUAAUUACUGAUAAUUGGGAGAAAUUUGAUGAAGAUUUGAUGCAAAAUGAUGGAGUGAAAAUUGCACCAUAUGCAAUUAAUCCUUUUGAAAUAUGUACAUAUAAUGUACCUAGUAAAAAAACUCCAGAGUUACCAGAUCUAAUUAGCUUCUUAUAGCAAAAUGGCUAUAUGUGAAAACAAUGGUUAUAUGUGAAAACAAUGGCUAUAUGUGAAAAUAGUGGUUAUAUGUGAAAACAAUGGCUAUAUCUGA